GGUGUGGGCUAAGCCGGAGGCCCCGGCUUGGACUGGACACCACCAUGUUGGCCGAGAUGUUCAGGCGGAUGGGAGCUGAGCGCACACAAUGAAUGGGGGCAAUGAGAGCAGCGAAGCAGACAGAGCUGGGGGCCCUGGGGCCUCGCCUGUCCCUAUUGGCUGGCAGCGCUGUGUGCGGGAGGGUGCCGUGCUCUAUGUCAGCCCAAGUGGCACGGAGCUGUCUUCCCUGGAGCAAACCCGGAGCUACCUCCUCAGUGACGGGACCUGCAAGUGCGGCCUGGAGUGUCCACUCAAUGUCCCAAAGGUCUUCAACUUUGACCCCCUGGCCCUGGUGACCCCGGGCGGGGCCGGGGUGGGGCCGGCAGCCGAGGAGGACAUGACCAAGCUGUGCAACCACAGGCGGAAAGCUGUCGCCAUGGCAACGCUAUACCGAAGCAUGGAGACCACCUGUUCACACCCCUCCCCCGGAGGGGGAGCAAGCCCCCAACUGUUCCACACUGUGUCCCCAGGUCCCCCGACUGCCCAUCCCCCUUGUCGAGCCCCUCCCAUGGCCCCACUAAACGGGGGACCCUGUACUCUCCCCCCCGAGCCACUCUCUGCAUCCCCCCAGCCCUUCCCCCCCUUAUCAG